GACGUCUCUACUCCAGCGUGUUGUCAAACUAUGUCUGCGGUUACCCACAGCAAGUCACCUAGGUUUUGCACGAGUCUUUGAGGCUGUCGGUCCCUCAACGGGUUGGAUCGGAGCUCCACCAUCGCAGUCAAGUCAUCUCCUUCCGUACCUCCUGCAUCUGUAGCGUAUGAGCCGGUUAUCAAAGCCGUUCUUCGUCAACGGCUUCUUUGGAGGACUUUCUUGGGCUCUAUCGCAUUUUGUUGGGUCCAGACAGUGGCAUGGACAAUAUGGUGUCUUGGUGGUAUUGAGGAACUGGGAAUUGGCGGGGUGGCAAUGGUUCCAGUGACGCCGUCGACGUCAAUGAAGGCAUACGUGUGUUGGGUAGCGGUAGCCUUACCUAUCGUGGUGCUAAGAAAAAGGCAUCUUACAGGUUAUCACUCGACUUCAAAGACUCCUUCAAAAACAUUGCAGAAUGCUCGGAGCACUAGAAGCGCAUUCUUGGUUUAUCUUACCUCUGCAACCAUUGCGACACUUCUCCAUGUAUCAAUGGCUCGAAUCACGCCUGUUGCUGUGCAGGAGGCAUUUGGAGCAUGGGUGAAUUGGUGGACGAGGGAGCGGAUAAGUAAGGUCGUGGAGGGAUCCUUAUCCAGGCGCGAACUUGAUCUUGUCGUCGAAGUUUUAUCACGUUUAACGUGUUCGUCCCUGACAGAAGAUCGAUACGGGGUCGUCCAACGCGAUAUUCCCAAAAUCCUUGAGGCGAUGCUCUCUUUCUUGUCAGCGAUAGAAGAUUACCAGAUUGAACUGAAUGCUCUGCGACCUCCGCCACCAGAAGAGGAGGAAGGCCUAUCGGAUAAAGAAAGAAUACAACGCGAGGUUCUUCGGAUAGAGUUGGCUAAAGCUAGCGAGGUCCUAGGAUACCUCGGUGAUGGAUUUAAGAAUGGCAUCGCGCGUGUUGUACAGAUGUUUGGGGGUAAAUUGAAUGCAUCCAAGUUCCCACCGCGCAUUGCGAACAAGCUGCAAGGGUUUGUAGAUUAUAAUCAGUAAUCAUGAUCGACUUUUUUGCUUCUGUCAGCAGGCAGUUCU